AUGCCAGCAAAUGCAGCAGCACCUGAAGACUUAGACUGGAGAGAUAAAAGUGCUGAUAUAAACACUUUUUCAGCUACAGGCGCUCAACCCAGCUUCGAUGGAGAUGGUUUAUCUCGGGAGACAGCAAGUAUGCCGUCAGGAGGGGGUUUAUAUUCAACAGCAGUGGAUCCUGAUGCAGAUAUAGCAAUAGGAUUGGAUGGGGAAACGGGGAUCGAUCCUAGGAUCGAUGUGGAAGUCGAUCCCACGCGAGAUGUGGGGAUCGAUCCCGGAGCCAGCUCAGAGUUGCUCCCAGGCAAUAAAAACCCUGUUGCUUCUCUACCCAACAAUCUUCCUCAUAUGCGUCGACGUUUCUUUGGAUUAAGAGGCCCUACAGUAGGAAGCUCUAUUGUUUUAUUAGCAGCGAUAUUGCUGCUGCUUGGUGCAAUGAAAGCAAUACAGCGUAGGAGUAGCAUAAAGCCAGGAGAAGGAGAAGGUGCGGAUACACCCGAAUUACCACGAGUAGAUGAUGAAAAGAAGACAGAAGAAGAAUCUAAAAGAAAAGAAGAUACAAGUACUGAAGGAGAUGAUGAAGAUGAUGAUGAGUCCACAACCCCUGAUCUGCCUUUCCCGCCUCUGGUGUCUGCUGAGGAUUUAUUAGAUGCAUUUUCAGAAGAGUUUAGUUCAAAAGACUUUGAUGAGAUAUAUAAAGAGUCUAAACGUAUAGAUUUUCUCCGAGGAGAUAAACCAUCUCUAGAAGACUUUUAUGAAUUUGUUGUUCACACACGUACUGCCCCAGAACUAAAUGAAUACCCUCAGAAUGACGAAGAAAGAAAAAUAAGAGACUGGACACUCUUCCGAGUACACAUGGCGGUUGUAGAUAAGACAGAGUUGGAGGUGAUGUCUCGCCUAUCUUCUGUUUCUAUGAAAGAAUCUAAGAGACAGCAGCAAGAGCGGCAGCAGCAAGGUGUAUCAAUAGCAGAUAUAACAAGAGAUUUGCUUGAGCUUGCGCGUCUUAGACUAGCUGCAGCAACAGAUUGGAGGCAGUAUCAUGCAUCUGUGGGUAUACACCCUAACGAUGAUGCUGCUGAUACUGUUGCUGCAUUACUUCAAUGCUUAGAAGUACAUUAUGCUAGAGUUGUUAACCGACUAGAGGGUCGAGGCCCCAGAUCAACAGAGAGAGCACAAGGGCUUAAGGGAGACCCUGUAAAGUUAUUUGCUGUUGCAUGCAAGAAGCUGCCUGGGAAGGAUACAUGGUUAGCAGGUCUUAUACACUAA